AUGGGCCACGGCAUCAGCUGCAGCCGCGACGGCGGCGAGGAGCACGACUUGUUCCGCGCGGUGCAGCUCAGCGACCUGGACGCCCUGGAGGCCCUCCUCGCAGUCGCAGCCGACCCGGAGCUCGCCCGCCGCGCCACCACCACAUACGACCGUCUGUCCCUGCUCCACAUCGCCGCCGCCAAUGGCCAGCUGCAGGUGCUCUCCAUGUUGUUGGAUGACGAUGGCGCCGGCAACGGCGGGGCACACGCACCGGCACGCCCGGACGUGGACGUGCUCAACCGGAAGAAGCAGACACCGUUGAUGCUGGCGGCCAUGCACGGCAGGACGGACUGCGUGCUCAGGCUGCUAGACGCGGGAGCAAAUAUCCUGAUGUUCGACUCGGUACACGCGCGGACAUGCCUCCACCACGCGGCCUACUACGGUCAUGCCGACUGCCUCCAAGCCAUCCUCUCGGCCGCCAAGACCGCGCCUGUGGCCGACUCAUGGGGCUUCGCGCGGUUCGUGAACGUGAGGGACGAGCAUGGCGCCACGCCGCUGCACCUGGCGGCCAGGCAGGGGCGGCCGCAGUGCGUCCACCACCUGCUCCACGCCGGCGCCAUCGUCUCCGCUCCAACAGCCUCCUACGGCUUCCCCGGCAGCACGGCGCUGCACCUGGCUGCACGCCGCGGCAACCUGGACUGCGUCCGGGAGCUCCUCGCCUGGGGCGCUGAUCGCCUCCACAGGGACUCGGCGGGGAGGAUCGCCUACGCGGUGGCCCUCAGGCGCAGCCACCGAGCGUGCGCCGCGCUGCUGAACCCGGCGGCGGCGGAGCCCAUGGUGUGGCCUUCCCCGCUCAAGUUCAUCAGCGAGCUCAACACGGAGGCCAAGGCCCUCCUGGAGGCGGCCCUGAUGGAAGCCAACAGGGAGAGGGAGAAGCAGAUCAUUGUCAACCUCAAGGGGGGCACCACAACCAAAACCAAAACCGACUCCUACUCGUCGUCUGCCGACGAUGACGGCACCACCACCGCCAGCAGCAGCCUUGACGACGAGGACGACGCCACCGAGCUGUGCGGCAUCUGCCUGGAGCAGGCGUGCAGCAUGGAGGUGCAGGACUGCGGGCACCAGAUGUGUGCCGCGUGCACGCUGGCGCUGUGCUGCCACAGCAAGCCCAACCCGACGACCCUGGCUCUUCAGCCGCCGGCCUGCCCGUUCUGCCGCGCCACCAUCACCCGGCUGCUGGUGGCCAACAACAAGACUAGCAACAGCAGUGAUGAGGCAGCCCUGGGCGGCGUUAGGUCCCAUGGUAGCAGCAGCUUCAGGGGGCUCACCUCGGCCAUCAGGUCCUUGUCCUUGUCCAGGAUUGGUCGUGGCUCCGGGAGGGUAGCCGACAGCGACGGCAUAUGCCAUGGACAAGCCUCCACACCAUGUGGUGUCAACAGCUUAUUACCUGCACAAGCAAUAAUCCAGUCAUUCUUUGAGGACCAAGGAUCGAAAUGA